AUGCCCAAAGCGCGCACGCGCAUCCCCAAAAUGCAGUGCAUGCACCCCUUGCGCAAACACCCCAUUCCCGCACAUGCUUGUGAACCCCUCAUGACCCCCAUGCAUGUGCACAUGACCCCCGUCUUUUCCUUUGAUGCAGUUGAUCUACCCUUCCAAGAUUAUGUGGAUCAUUUGCUGGAACCUCAGGAUCUGGCUUCCCUAGGAAGUGAAACCCUCUACUUCUUUGGAGACAAUAAUUUCACUGAAUGGGGGUCCCUCUUCAAGAAAUACAACCCACCACCUUUCAGGAUUCCAGGCACCACGGGAGCAUACAGUUUUGGGAUUGGGGGCUCUGGUUCCGGAGUGCCAUUUCAUUGGCACGGGCCUGGCUUUUCAGAGGUCAUCUUUGGGAGGAAGCACUGGUUCCUGUAUCCUCCAGAGAAAACACCAGCAUUCCACCCCAACAGGACGACGCUGUCCUGGUUCCUGGAUACGUACCCUUCCUUGCCGCCCUGGGAAAAGCCGCUGGAGUGCACCAUCCAUCCAGGGGAGGUUCUGUACUUUCCGGACCACUGGUGGCAUGCCACCCUCAACCUGGACACCAGCGUUUUCAUCUCCACCUUCCUGGGUUAGCAGCUCCAAGUGACACCUCCCGUAUGACACCAUUCCUCGUGCAAAGAAACUGGAUUUCUUGGCCAUUUCAAACUCGAAAAUUGUCCCAGUCUCCCCGUAAGGCGAUCAGCACAAUCGUUCACUUGGGCCCAGUGCUUUGGGGCUGGAGACUAUAACUUCCAUCACCCGUAAAUAUCUCGGUUGGUUUGCUCCAAUGGCAUUGAUGAAAUUCAACAGCCAGAAGACCUCAUGAAGUUGGUGACCAUCGGUAAUGGUGGACUAUAGUAACACCAUCUCUAGGGUCAGUGGGACCAUACCUGGUCCAUCUCAGGGAUCUCAUCCUAAAACCUUUCAGCCAGCAUCUAAGGACCAACUGCUCCCCCCAAUAUUUUUUUAGAAAUGGGGCAGGAUAAGAUUGAUGCUUGUUAAAUUGUACUUUGCUACUCAGCAUCCUUCUACCUGGACAUGCAUUUGCCACACUGUGGAAGAAGGUGAAACGGGGUGGGUGGGUGUGUGUCUUCCUUCAUCAAUUACAGCUAGUCCUCGACUUGUGACCCCAACCGAGCCCAAAAUUUACACUGCUAAGCGAGGCAUUGGUGAAGAGAGCUUUGGCCCAUUUUACCACCUGGGUUUUGCCGCGGUUGUGGAGCGAAUCCCUUUAGUUAUUAAGUUAGCCACACAUUUGUGAAGUCCAUCUGGCUUUCCCCAUGGACGCUGCCUUCAGAAGGUCACAAAAACGGGUCACGUGACCUAGGGACUCUGCAACAGUCAUAAAUAUGAGUCAGUUGCCAAACGGCUAAAUUUUGACCACGCGACCCUGGGGAGGCUGCAAUGAUCAUAAAUGUGAAAAAUGGCCAUAACUCAUUUUUCAAUGCCGUAACCUUGGUCACUAAACGAAUAGCUGUUAAGUCGAGGACUAUCUGUAUGGUGCUUGGUCUCUCUCUCUCUUUCUCUAAUCCUCUUUCUUUCUCUGUAUCUCUAUCCCUUUCUUUCUCUGUCUCUUUCUGACUAUAUCUUUCUCUCUUUCUCUUUUUUUCUUUUUCUUUCUUUCUCUCUCUGCACACAGAGGUGCUUCCUGAUGAAGACCAUUAUUGCUUCUCUUGCGACUCAUCCAGCUCUUCCAACUCCCCAGGGGAUAUUUACACCACCAGGUGACUCAAAAUAAUUUAGGCUGCUCAAAAUUACAGCCUUGCAAAGCAGGUAGGAAAUCUCAUGACUUGUAUGCGGGGUUGGUCAGCAACCGGAGGACGAAAACACCUGGUUUCACCUGGAAGCAACCUGUUUGUGCAUCCUCCCCCACCUUUUCUGGCAGGACAUACUUACAUUCCUUUCUUUUUCUCUUUCAAAACGGUUUUACUGCCAACUGGAUGUAUAGAAACGCAACCAGCAGAAUCUGGUUCUGUUUCUAUUAGAUUUAUACUCCUGGUUGAUGUCGAAUACCAGAGCAGAUGUUAGCAUAAACGUUUUA